CGACCGACGACCACUCUUCAGCGAAGUCGUGAGGGCAUUUGGAAGUAUCGUAGUGAAAAUAUCUCAUCAUUGUGAAGCUCAGCGGAAGGCGUAUCAUCAUGACCGGACCAUCAAACUUCCUAGCUCGGCUCACCCGCACAUUCGUUCCUCCGCCUUGCACAUAUAACCCCGCCAUACCCCUCCAUAGCCGGCAACACUAUCUUCACUUCCUCUCUUCUCCCUUGUUAUAUCCUGAUUCCCCUCACACACUGUGACCCGAAAAUGUCAAGCCCUCAAACCUUCAAGAUCGCUUCUAUCCCAGGUGAUGGCAUCGGUACAGAAAUCACAGAAGCAGCAAUCCAAGUCCUGGAUAAACUCGCUUCUGUAGAUGGAAGCUUUGGACUUGAAUACACACACUUUGAUUGGAGUAGCAAGGCUUAUCUGGAGAGAGGAUGGUAUAUGCCUCCCGAUGGCAUGGAACAAUUGCAGAAGCAUGAUGCCAUUUACUUUGGCGCCGUGGGUUGGCCAGAUGUACCCGACCACAUCUCCCUCUGGAGUCUAAUCCUCCCCAUCAGAAAAACAAUGAACCAAUACGUAAACGUCCGACCCACCCGUAUCCUGCCUGGCACGCAAUCUCCCCUCUCAUCCUGCCAAUCCAAUCCUGGAACCUUGGACUGGAUAAUCAUCCGCGAGAACAGCGAAGGCGAAUACGCAGGUCAAGGAGGCACGACUCACGAGAACAGCCCCCACACAAUCGCCACCGAACUCGCCAUCUUCAGCCGUGUAGGCAUAGAAAGAAUCAUGCGCUUUGCUUUCGAGACUGCAAGAUCCAGAGAGAGAAAGAAGCUUACCAUGGUUACCAAGAGUAACGCCCAGAGACAUGGUAUGGUUCUCUGGGACAAAAUCUUCUAUGAAGUCGCUGCAGAGUAUCCAGAUGUGGAGUGGGAUAAAAUGCUUGUGGAUGCAAUGACAGUGCGUAUGGUGAACAAUCCUGCAAGUAUGGAUACCAUAGUCGCCACAAACUUGCAUGCCGACAUCUUGAGUGAUUUGGCUGCUGCAUUGAGUGGAAGUAUCGGUAUCGCUCCUAGCAGUAAUUUGGACCCGACUAGAAAACAUCCGAGUAUGUUUGAGCCUAUUCAUGGUAGUGCGCCGGAUAUCGCGGGGAAGGGUGUUGCCAAUCCUGUGGGUGCUUUUUGGAGUGCGGCCGAGAUGAUUAGGUGGCUAGGUGAGGGGAGGUUGAAUGCUGGAACAUUUCGUUUCAAAUCGUCAUCGGUAUAAGUUCUCCCAUUCUCCAACAUCCAUCUCCGGGCCCUUUUCCACUUUUGUCUUGAUAUUGUAGCCGGCCCAAGGCUUUUCUCCAAAUUGAUCCAGUGGCCACAGACAAUACAGUGCUUUCCCGGCAAUCAACGAUUUAGACACCGGACCAUAAGUAUUACUAUCCUUGCUCGCACUCGCAUUAUCACCCUCCACCCACACAUGUCCCAACGGAACCCUCCACCUCCUCUUGCCCAUCCCAAAUUCUUUCUCCUCUCCUAUAGCAUCCCACACCAUACCUGCCCCCUUCCCCUCUACCCCCAGCUCUCUACUCCUCCUCUUCCAAUCCAUCUCCACCCAAUCCCC